AUGUCAGGGCCGAAGUCCCAGGGUUUAUCGGCUGAUCUGGAUCUGCGAAACAAGCCGGCCACGCAGAUUAGCACUUACCCUGGUGGUUAUACUGCAGACCUAGCUUUAGACGGAAAUAUCACAACCUUUUCAUUAACAGUAACGCCAACAAAUGUCGACGCUACUAGUGUGACAGUCAGCUGGUCUACCGUGCCAUGUGCUGAUCAUUACAGCGUGCAGUAUGCCCUGACCAGCAGGGAUAACUGUGAAAGCAUCAAUACACCAGCGUAUAGCAGCCACUGCAUGUGUCAGGGAAACAUGACAACUAUAAACAGUCUGAUGCCAAACUCCGGGUACACUGUACAAGUCAAGGCUUAUGUAUAUGGUGCAUACGGACCAAUAAAAACAGCAAUGGUCACUACCCCAUCAUCAGCACCGACUGGGCCUCCCACUUCUGUGACACCUGGGUCUCAGGCCCAACGCAGCCUAGCCUUCUCCUGGAGCCUCCCAGCGUGUGGAAGCCGAGGGGGUGUCAUCACAGGAUACGACUAUAGGCUUAGUACAAGUGGCGUUGCACCAAUGACUGGUCAGACUACAGCUGGUCCCUCUGGUGGAGCAGUUACAAUUUUUGGACUUACUCCCUAUACUUCUUACAGUUUUCAAGUUGAUGCAAGGACUAAUGAUGGGACUGGACCGUACAGUGCGGCUGUGACAUCAAGAACGCAAGAAGCAGCACCAACCGUUCCCUUAGAUGUUCGUAUUCAGUUAGAGGAUAACGCUUCUGUAAUCCUGAGCUGGAGUGAACCAGAUCCACCGAAUGGACGCAUCACGCACUACAAUGUUCGCUACUGGAGGAGUGGAGACAUGGGAACCAUGCAGACCGACACGAAUGUGAUGGGGUUGAUGCAUCGUGUCACGGGCCUUGCAGCCGGUGUAACAUACCAAUUUCAGGUUCAAGCUGUGACGUCUGCUGGUCCCGGCUCUUGGAGUGACCCUAUCGAAGCAACAACAGCAACCGGAGUUCCUGGACCUGUUCGGAAUCUAAAUGUCACAGUGAGGACAGAGACGUCAAUCACUUUAACCUGGAUCCCACCCCUGCAACCUGGAGGAGUCAUCACUGGUUACAUAGUUGAGUACCGUAUCUUGGAGAGGCCUUAUCAACCAGAUUUCACAGCAGGGGAUACAUACGAAACCAAUGAAGCUCAGAAUUCACCCUUCACAAUAACCAACCUGGAACCUGGUACUAAAUACGAGUUUAGGGUGUUGGCGAAGAACGAAAUUUUUACAGGAACUGAGCACCGAAUUUUGGAGGUUUACUCAAAGCCGAUGAUGGAUCCACCUGCUCCACCCAAACCCAUUCCAAUUCAAGAGAGAACAACAGACAUGACAGUCACACUUAGUUUGGCAGCUCCAAGGUCUGCUGUGUACAUUGAAUCAUACGUUAUUCGGGUUAAGAAGACUGGUACAUUGUCUGUGACCAAAAGAGAAGUUACGAGACGUUCAGAGGACCCGGUUGACGGUUAUAUUGCAGCUGAAUUUCCUAAGAAUAGCCUUCCUGCUGAAUUCGUAGUCGGAGACUCUAAGAUGUAUGGCGGCUACCGGAACGCACCGCUGCAGCGAGAUGCUGUGUACAACAUCCUAGUUGGGUCUGUUACCAAAGGCAACGAAACUGUGACCACGGUAACAUAUUCAGAGCCACUGACAGUUAUUGUGCAAAAACCAUCGGCGAGCAACGGAAUCACUAUUGCUGCUGUCGUGGGUAGUGUGAUAGUAUUCGUCUUGGUCCUAAUCAUUGUCAUCGGUUGUGUGGUGUGGAGAAGAAAAACUCGCCAACAUGCAUCAAAUAGUUCUCUAGUACCUAGAACUAUGGAACUGGUUGCCAAACCUACAGCCUACGAAAACUACCCACCAAGAGCUAACAACCCCGAUGGCGAUAUAUAUGAGGAUGUUGGGCUUCCCGCUUGGGCCAGGAAACUGGAAAUCAAAUGGGAGAAUUUGAUCAUCGAUGAUGAGAUUCUUGGUAAAGGUAACUUUGGCGAGGUACGGGCAGGAGGCGUGAAGAUUAAAGGGAAAGUCACCAAAGCAGCCAUCAAAACUCUCAAAGACAGCACCUCUGAUGCUGCUACGGACUUCAAGGCGGAGUUGCAGACGAUGGUAGGAAUCACACCACACCCUAAUGUUGUACGUCUCCUUGCCGCAUGUUUUCAAGAAGGCAUUCUUUAUGUGGCGCUGGAGUUUCUUCCCAAUGGCAAUCUUCGUGAUUAUCUGAGGAGCAUUCGCCCGAAGCAGAAAGGAGCUGGCCACUCAACUGACGGAGCAUCUCCGCUGACUUCUUCAAACUUGGUGAAAUUUGGCACAGACGUUGCCAAGGGGAUGGAUCAUCUCUCUAAGGCAGGGAUCAUCCACCGCGACUUAGCUGCAAGGAACAUCCUUCUCUCUGAAGACCUGACCGCCAAAGUGUCUGAUUUCGGCCUUUCCAGAGGGGAGGACAUCUACGUUCAGAAAUCCUCGACCAGGAUUCCCGUUCGCUGGUUGGCCAUCGAAUCGUUGACGCGUAGUGUCUACAAGUCCAAGAGUGAUGUGUGGUCGUUUGGCAUCUUGCUGUGGGAAAUAGCGACAUACGGAUCCACUCCGUACCCUGGUAUUGCGAGCGAGUCACUGGCCCAUAGACUGCUGGAGGGAUACCGCAUGCCCAAGCCGGACAACUGCGCCGAUGAAAUUUACAAUCUGAUGUUGAAGUGCUGGCAUGAGGUGCCAAGUGAGCGUCCAACCUUCAAAGUUCUCUGCCAAGCUCUCGAGACAAUGAACUCCAAGUCGUAUGAAAAUGUUGUCUUGUCACCGACUGUCUACGAGAACUUCAUCAUCAAGCAUGAGUUUGACGACAACUAGAUGACGUCAUUACCUUUACGCUGCAAUGCAUCUUCUUCGAAAUAACUCAAGCGAGUGGUUCAGCAUUUUUUCAGAUUGUGAAGUGUUGAGUUCGUGUUUAAGCACUGACGCAGACUAGAGCAUUCAUAGCAGCUCAUGUUCAAGAUUUAGCCUGUUAUAAAUUUAGAGCAAGACUUAAUAAGAUUUGUUUUCACUUCUUAUCGAAUUUACAACUAUUUGACGGUUUUAGAAAAAAAACAUUUGCACCAGGUUAAUAAUCGCAGUAGUUGGUUAGAAUGUUGUUUAAAGUCUCAAAAAGCUUUCGCAAGAGACCAUGUUUCAAAAUGUUAUAUUGCAUAGCGAGGACGUUACCAUGAAAUACCGAUGUACAUUGUAUUGU